UCAGACCUGCUGUAUGUGAAUAUAUUUCAGAACUGAUUAAAACCAAGAACAAAUAAAACGUGUUCCAUGGGGUUUUUGAAAUUACUUUAUCCCUUCUGUGAAAUCAUAAGGUAUUUCUAUCCACCACAGAACUGACUAUUUAAAACUUGUUUAGUCCAGCUUUAAAGUAUACCAUUAUGCUAGACUGAUAGAAAUUCUUUGCUCCUAGCAACAGAUACAUCUCUGGGCUUAAACUCUGUUGUAAGAAAUGUACUAAGUUUCCAAAUGCUUUGAGUGUUUAUGUGAUGUAUCUAGACUACAAACCUGAAAAGCAAAGCAUCUUUCCAACACUUUGCCAAGCAGACCAUUAUUUGUUUGCUAAGUGUUUUUUUAAAAAGAGAUGUGUAAGAGAGGACAUAGUUAAUGUAGGAGCAUGCCUUAAUAGUCCAUUUGGAUAUUGCUGGUAGUGGUUUGGUGUUUAUUUUUCUGAUACUGAUUGUCUGUGACCAGCAUUAUUUAGGCCCACUAGCAAUUUUGAUAACUAAGCUGAACUAUAAAAGCAAAUUUUUCUUUACAUAUUUACACAACCAAAUUGUUAGCUACUGAAUUUGAUCAUUACUUUGACAGAUCAUCUCAAAGAAAUGGGGAUUAUGUUUUUAAAUUAAUUCUGUAAUCUAGCCCAGAGGGCCACAUGCUUCUGCAGUACAUACAGCGAUUUGGGUUCUUAAUUUCUGGGUGUUGCUUACAGUACUGCUGGUAAAGUUAAGGAGAUGAAUAAGCUAUUUCUUUUACCACCCCUUUUCUUGGCAGUUACAUUGCCAGUACCUUGGUGGCCUUAGCAUUCCAGAUAAUUAUCUCAGAAAUAAAAGGAAAUAAUGUUUGUUUUAAAUACAAGUUAGUUUAAAUUUCCCAACUGAUUACUUUAAAAUAUAGAAGUCAGAAUUUGUCUUGACAAUUAGUAUGAGAAAGGAAGAAAUGUUCAGUGCCUGAACUUCUCCAGGUUUAUGUUGCUAGACUAGACUGGUAAUAGCCACAGGCAAGCUUCCAUUCCCCCUGGUCAUCCCAAAUACUCCUCUCUGUUCCUUUUCAACUAUAAAUUCACAACCUUUCAGAGGAAGCCGUAGAAAGUCUUCUCACUAUGGCACAAAUUCUAGUGUGUACCUACUGGAAGUAUCUCUGACAAGACCUGUGAUUCACAGCCACAUCACACUCACAGAUCACAGUGACUGUCACCUCCAAGUUCUGUCCCUGAACUGCCAGUUGUUGUGUCUUAUGCCAAUUUAUUUCCUUUUCAUAUAAUUAUACCUUCAGUUUUUUUAUGCUCAAGAUCCUGCGCUGCAUAUACCCCUAACAGUUUAGUAUUAUUACCCAAUAGUAUCAUCAUACUCCAACUUUUUGUGAUAAUUUUAAUAAAAUAUUAAUAAAUUUUGAUCUCAAAAUUUAUCCAUGCAGAACUAACUGGUAACAUAUAUUUGCCUGAUGUCUCACUUCUAACAAUGUGUCUCUUUUUUUAAGUCAAAUUCCUUAGAAACUUUUCACCUUCUGUUAAAUCUUGAAGACUCUGCUUGAGCAAGGAGGUUGGUCCAGAUGACCCCACUGGUGGUCCCUUCCAACCUAAACCACCUUAUGAUUCUGUGAUCUUCACCUCCUUCAGAUGUUCCAUAUACAUUGUUUCUUUUUUUAAAUGGAUGUUCAGAGGUAUCAGUAGCAUAUGUCUGGAAGUAUAGGGUAAGCCUGGUGGGACUUGCGUUCAUCAGAGGCAUUUCAUAUAAUUUCUCAUUUAAUUCCCUGGUUUUAGGUAAGUUACACAGAGAAAUCUUGCUCUGUAGAAGGCUUGUUUGCAGCCAGAAGCUGCCUGUCUUUAAUUGCCCACAGGUGUUCCAUUUACAGUUCUCCAGUCAUGUACUAUUACACUUGUUUGAUUGAAAAAUAUUUACAGUCCUUCCUGUGACUUCCUGUGCCACUUUCUCCAGAAGUCUGGGCUGGAGAAGAGCUUGUUUCCUCAGCUGGUGCUUUUUCGGCUACUUGGGCUGUUUCAGGUAGUUAUAACUGCUAUCCAUGUAUUACAAACUUCUGUAGUAAUGACUGUAUUUCACUGCUUGAAGUUAACCUGAGUUAGGUGAAAACAAGCUAUGUGCAGGAGAGCACCUCUGAUUUCAUCCAUGAUAAAACUUUCCAGAAUAAUAAGUAGUCUGUAAGGCUGUCAGGUUUUUCUCUGGAAUUUUAGAUUAUUGCAAUAUUUCCUUUAUUAUUUUGUUCAUCUCAGCUAAAACUGAAGUAGGUAACAUCUUUAUCUGAAUUAAUUAAAUCUCCAGAUCUUCAAUUUUCUACAGUAGUCAGCUGACUUGCCAUCUGCAUGAAUGUAAACAUCUUGAAGUUCCAAGAAAUUUCUUACAUUACUACAACCUUGUGAAAGGGCUUGCAUGAGCAUUGCUAUACGAUCCUUUCAGAGUCUGAAAUGUAUAACUGGACCAAGACAGAGCAUUUUUAUUAUGAAUCAUGCUCCUUCUUUCCACUGUUUUCUUUUUAGCUUUCAGUUUUUCUGCUGCUGCAUUUCGACAUAAAUGCUCAUCUGGCUUUUAAUUGUCUGUUAUUAUGUAGUCAAAGUCUUGAGAGAAGAGGGAACACAACUUUCUGCUUAUUUGUUUUGGAUUUUUUUUAGAUUUUUAGGUGGGUCUGUUGUUUGUUUGGGGAAUUUUUUGGUUUUUUGUUUCUUUGGUGGCUUUUUUCAUUUUUUGGUUGUGGGGUUUUUUUCCUCCCUUUUGAAAACCAGGGUGUUUUUCUCUCUUUUAAAUGGGGUUUUUUAAGGUGGGGCUGCUAAACUGUUCAUCUGCAUGCAUUUUUUACAAACAUUAUAAUCUGAAACUACUUACGGAUUUUCUGUCUAUUUGUAAAUUUUGAGAAGUUGUUAAGUUUACAGUGUGAAUAUGAAUAAUAAAGUGUUUCAGUCAUCCAGAUCAAAGAACUUAGUUAAUGAAAGAGACACUUCACAGAUACCUGUUCCAUGCAGCUUCAAAGAUAGAGAAUUAAAAUAACUUUGAGAUUAAAGAAAUUGUAAAUUGUGCAGACUGUGGCCAGCUCUUUCAGGGUGGAGGGCUUUUUGUUGGUUUUCUUCUUUUGCUUUUAGUUUGAGGUUUUGGUUUGGGUUUUUUGUUUGUUUGGGUUUGUGGGGUUUUUUUGUUGUGAGGGUUUUUCUCAGAGAGAAACGGGAUGAGGGAUAUAUAGGAGAGACUGGUCAUUUGUUCCAUUGCAUGCUUACAAAAAUCAGGUCACCGGACUAUAGUUUCUCUUGGAUAUUUGUGUCUAGUCAUGGACAUCUGGAGUAUGCAGUUGCUGCUUUUUUUUCACUUCCUCUCUAUUUUGCAGACUUUGUUGUGAGAAGUUGCUGACACACGUUCAGUUUCUGCAUUGCAAUGCCAUCAGUCACACAAGCCCUGAGUCUGCUCCCUGUCGAAUCAGAUUUCAGUAGCAUCCUGAUGCUUAAUAAUAGGAUGGUGACUGCAUCCUCGGCUAUUAAAGGGGCUAUCCAGUUGGGAAUAGGAUACACAGUAGGAAAUCUUACAUCAAAACCAGACAGAGAUGUUCUUAUGCAAGACUUCUAUGUAGUGGAAAGUGUCUUUCUACCAAGUGAAGGGAGCAAUCUUACCCCUGCUCAUCAUUACCCUGACUUCAGAUUUAAGACAUAUGCACCUCUUGCCUUCCGCUACUUCAGAGAACUUUUUGGUAUCAAGCCUGAUGACUAUUUGUACUCAAUCUGCAGUGAACCUUUAAUUGAAUUAUCCAACCCAGGUGCCAGUGGGUCUUUAUUUUUUGUAACUAGUGGUGACGAAUUCAUCAUCAAAACAGUUCAACACAAAGAGGCUGAGUUUCUUCAGAAGCUCUUGCCAGGUUAUUAUAUGAAUCUGAACCAGAAUCCAAGGACUCUUCUUCCUAAAUUUUAUGGGCUGUACUGCGUUCAGUCAGGAGGCAUUAAUAUUAGAAUUGUUGUCAUGAACAAUGUUUUGCCACGAGCCUUGAAAAUGCAUUUCACAUAUGACUUGAAAGGCUCUACAUACAAACGCAGAGCAUCAAGAAAAGAGAGGGAGAAGUCCAACCCUACAUUCAAAGACCUGGAUUUCCUGCAAGAUAUGCAUGAAGGGUUGUAUUUUGACUCUGAAACACACAGUGCACUCAUGAAAACACUACAGCGGGAUUGUCGAGUUCUAGAAAGUUUUAAGAUCAUGGAUUACAGUCUGCUUCUGGGGAUCCACAUAUUGAACAGUAACAUGAAGGAAAGAGAAGGAGAGUGUUCCCAGAGUGCAUCAGAUGCAAAACGCCAUGGAGGGCAAAAAGUUCUCUAUUCCACAGCCAUGGAGUCUAUACAGGGCCCUGGGAAGUCUGGAGACUCCGUCACCACAGAGAAAACAAACACAAUGGGAGGUAUUCCAGCAAAAAGCCAUAAAGGUGAAAAGCUGCUUUUAUUUAUGGGUAUUAUUGAUAUUCUCCAGUCUUACAGGUUAAUGAAGAAGCUGGAACAUUCUUGGAAAGCUCUUGUUUAUGAUGGGGAUACUGUUUCAGUUCACCGACCAGGUUUUUAUGCAGACAGAUUUUUAAAGUUUAUGAAUGCAAGAGUUUUCAAAAAAGUUCAAGCUUUAAAACCUUCACCUUCAAAGAAGCGGUGUAAUUCCAUCACAGCCCUAAAGGCAGCAUCACAAGAGAUAGUGUGUGCAGUUAGCCAGGAGUGGAAGAAUGAAAAGCAUGGCAUUCUUGCUGAAGCACAAAGUUAUGCCAGCCUUGAUGAAGAAGUACUAGGUUCACACCACCGGCCAGAUCUAGUGCCAAGCACUCCAUCUCUGUUUGAAGCAGCUUCCUUGGCAACCACAAUUUCUUCUUCUUCCUUGAAUGCAGAUGAUCACUGUCAGCGUGAUCAACCUACACUCUAUUCCAGCAGUAAAGGGUUACCUUCAAGUUCAACAUUCACUUUGGGAGAUAGUGCCAUCUAUUUGACUUCAGAACAGAGUACAUUGGAAAUGGAAAAUGAUAAUGCUUCAGUUUUGGAUGUCUACUUAUAACGAAGCAUAUAUGAAGAGUAAAACUAAGGGAAGUGACCAUGGUUAAUGAAGAGCACUUUCUGCACUCCUUGUUUAAGAAGGAGGAAUUUGCUGAGCCUAAUAGACAAAGAGUAAUAAUCAACAGCACUAAUUCUAAGAAGUGCCAGGAUCUUUGAACCAUAGAAAGAAUUGAUGGAUUUGACAAAAGUGACAUGAAACAUUCCACACUCUGCUGUCAUCUGUCGUUGCUUGCUCAACUGUGAAGAACUGUGCGUUCAGGCUGCUUUCUACAAUAUUGCCAAUCACCUUUUUUGGAGUCUGAAGUGAUAUUUUCUUAUCAGCUCUCUAGUGGUUUCAUUUGCAUGCAUUCUGUAACUAUGCAUAAGCAAAAUCUAUUUCCUACUUUACCUAUUUAAAAAUAAACACAGUGGUGAAUAAAAUAAAUUUCAUUUUUCUGACCCACUCCAUUCUAAUUGCUUAGGUCCACAUCAGUGGAAACUGGAACUGAUGUUGUAUGAUGAUUAGGGCAAAUCUCGGCACAUACCAUACGAAAAUGAGCCUCUAAAGAUACUUUCACUGUUGGUAAAAAGGAGAUAAAAAUGUUAUUUAUAACAAGACCUUCUGUUGUAUAUAUAUAUUGUCCUUGAAAUAUUUUGAUUUUACUUUAUUUCUUGUAAAAGAGAAAUUCUAUAAUUUAUUUAGAAAAUACUACUGUAAACUAUAGUUUUAUUGAUGAAUAAAAGAUGUUAUUCUCAAGACUA